GAAUCGAGACAAUUCUAAUUAGAAGAGAUUUUUGAUUGGAUGACGGUCUUAACCAAUGACAUCGCGGCAAAUACGAGAGGCCAGCUGCUGCGAACUUCAGGAGGACACAAUAAAAAAACGUAAAUACAUUGAAGUUGGGAAAUGGGACUCGAACGGGGAGCCAUGGAGAAGACGCAGAAGACCCUAGAGAGCCUCCUUCCCCCCUAGACUCGCCAUUUCUCUUCAAGUUCACAACAGACCAUCACCCACAGACGACAAUUACCCGAAAUUAAUAUCAACCGAUCACAAUUUCUUAUUCCCUAUAAGUUCAGACAAAUAUUGUCCUCCACCCGUACGUCAUCAGCCCCGUCCUGGUGUUCCCUCUGGGGUGGAAUUCGUCGACUCGUUAUCCCUGUGAAAGAUUCCAUGUCAAUCCAUGUUUUUGGGUUAUGGAAGUAAUCAGUGUGUGAAAAAUCCAUAAAAAGUGCAAGGAAAAAGAGAAAAAAAAACUGAAGAAAUUGGAAAAAUCAAGGAUUUGACGAGGAAAAGAAAAAAAAGUGUUCGGGGCGAGUUUUUUCGCUCGGAGGGUAGACUUGCAGUAUGCUCAGGAUUUUUGAUAUUAAAUUAUUAUGGCUGGGGGUGAGGCUGCUGGGACGAAGCCUCGUCAGGAAAAACAGUACGAUUAUCUUUUGAAAUUCUUACUCGUUGGUGAUAGUGACGUUGGAAAACAGGAGAUACUCAGUGGUCUCGAGGACGGGGCAUCUGAAUCCCCUUUCUGCAGUGGCAGUGCGUACAAGACAACGACAAUUCUGCUAGAUGGGAAGAGAGUCAAGUUGCAAUUGUGGGAUACCUCGGGACAGGGGAGAUUUUGUACAAUCAUUCGAUCGUACUCCAGGGGAGCACAGGGAAUACUUCUCGUUUAUGAUAUCACGAAUAAGUGGUCAUUCGAUGGAAUCGACCGAUGGCUCAAGGAGGUAGAAGAGCACGCGCCAGGUGUUCCAAAGGUCCUAGUUGGCAAUCGUCUACAUUUGGCAUUCAAACGACAAGUCGGUGUCAGGGAUGCUGAGGCAUACGCAGCAAAAAAUCGUAUGGCAUUUUUCGAAGUCUCACCCCUAUGUGAUUUCAAUAUAAGGGAAAGUUUUUCGGAACUCUCAAGAAUGGCACUCCACCGGAAUGGCAUGGAGCGUUUGUGGAGAUCAAAUAAAGUCCUGAGUCUUCAAGAACUUGCCUGUCGAGCAAUCGUGGCACGAACAACAGUUUAUGGAAUUGAUCAGCUGCCCUUGCCUACGUCAAUAAAAUCCCACCUGAAGUCAUACGCCAUGACAACAACAACGCAAUUGCGCUACAAUGGGAAUCGUUCCCAAAAUUCAAGCAAGAGUCUUGGAUCUUAUCACCGAAAGUUGCGAUUCGUUGGAGCAGGUCACAAUGGACUGACGACACCGGGCAAUUCACCUGGCAGCAUAACAGACUCUCGUUCCAGUUGCGCUGGCCGUAAUUCUUGCGCAAUAUCCUGAGGGUAAUGGAAACAACAACACAUAGCCGUUCAACAAUUUCAUAUUGAUACAGUACUUCCGUAAUAAAGUGCCAAAAAGAGGUAAGUUGACCUAGCUUUUGGGUUUUUCUCCAAAAAUCGUCAAAUAUCAUCGAAACUAAAGGAGAUACGACAAUUCAUGUUGGAACCUUUUUUGUAGGGCUCAUGGAGAGCCAUUGAAAAGGUUAUCACAGCAAUUUUGUUAUCACUCUUAGUUCACGGAAUAUUUCCGAAAAACCGAAGUGCAUCAACUUUCCACUUUUUAGCAAUUUACUACUGAGUUCUUCCUUCAUCCAUUGAAUUUUUUUGUUUUAUCUGAUGUAACGGAGACAACAGGUAACUAUUGGAAAACUUCUUUCGUAGACUGUGACUCGUAGACGAAUCACGAUUUCGGAAAAUUUAGGGUAAGAAUUUUUUCGAUUACUCGUAACAGCACCAAAUGUAUAAUCACCACGAUUCGUUCUUUUUUUUAAAAUUUUUUUUAUUGAGGAGACGUAUGACAAUUCGAUUUAUUAACCAAAAAUCAUGUAGAGAGGAAUAAUCGUUAAAAAAAUUGUGUAUAUCUGCAGUGAAGUGGUGAAAGGUAAUAAUUAAUUAACAAUGAAUGAAAGUUAACAAUGAAUAUCGAUGAGUAUAUGAGGAAUAUCUCCGAAUCUGAAAGAGAUACUGAAUUUUUCAUGAGAACUUUUUUUUAGCUCUCAUUCCACUCCAUAAAAGAGGUCCUGAGUGAAAUUCCCAUAUUUCUCUUAAACUCCGAGAUAAUUCGCAAAAUCGUUACCCUUUACCACUGCACUCAUAUAUUAUUAUUAAAUUACGUGAUUAUAUUAUAAUUGAUUGCAAAAUUACUACAAGUACUUAGGCUGUCGAGGCAGUUCGUAAAAAUUUGAUGAAAAAUUCACAAACCAAUGAACACCAAAUGCUGACAGAAUAAUUCGAUAAUCGAAAAAAGUGUGAAUGAAAUUUCUCGUGCUGGCAACAAGUGAUUCGUCCGAUAAGAAAAUUCAAUAGGCAGUGGGAAACUAGACAACAACAAAACUACCAUCAUGUGAUUACGAAGAGUAAGGUUUAUUUAUGAGCAGAUUUUUUAUGUACAUAUAUUUAUAACAAUAAUUAUUAGUGUAUUUUAAAUGUUGAAGUUUGUAAUUUGUUGAUGGAUUAGACUCCGAAAGAAAUUAUGUACACGACAGGUACAAAAAAAACGGCGAAAAAAAAAAUGAUGAGGAAAAAAAGUGUAGGGUAUCACGUAAAUUUGUUUGAUGACUAGUCCCUUUGAGAAUAAUUCGUUGUAGUGUAAGAGGAAUUGGAAAUUUUGAAGGUAAAAUCGAUGAAAAUGUAUCCGAUGUCGUGGGGUAGUUUUUUACACUCUCUCAUGACUCUCUCAGGCUUUGAAUUUCGUAGCAAGUGUCGGAGACACCGUCCUGUUAUUGGUAAAUCAGUAUCACUAAUCCUAUUUCUUGUUUCUGUUUCCCUGCAUAGACCAAAUAACUCGAGUUACAUUUGUUCAUGUAUAUAUUUAGAUUUAGAGCCCUGUAACAAUUGUUCUCUCGACGUUAUGUAGGAGUUUCCAUUUGAUUGCCUUGUUAUUAUUUCAUUGUGAAAAUCGAGCCAACGGAUUAUUAAUCUGUCAUAUUCUCAAUGAUCUGUCAGAAUUUCUCAGAAUAAUCUGACGCCAUUCGACGAAUUUAAACAGAAUCGUUGAAUUGUUAAUGAAUUGCUCGGUUUUUAGAAUUGUUUGAGGUAAUGCACUGUCGUAUGCAAUUGAAUAAAUUAUUUUUAUUGCAAUGACGGUACCACUUUGCAAAAAUCAAGGAUCAGUGUACAAUAUUUCCUCGUAAAUAAUUUUUUAUUUCAACAAUUUCAGAGUUCCAACAGGUGAGACAUGUCCAGUAUUUUCAUCCUUCGCUUUCACCUGUCACUUUCUACCCAAUACCAUCCACGAAAACACCAAAUUUGUUUCGAGUAACAGACGUGCCCAAUUAUAAUCCCCUCAAUUAUCCACAGCAGAUCAAUUGAAUAAUUUUUUACCAAUCAUCGUGCCAUUACGCAAAACAAAACCAUAAUUCCGUCUUUUGAAUGAGAAAACAAAAACUAACGAGAAUAAAUGAAAAGAAAUAGUAAAUAUUGGAGAAGAUUUUUGCACUGACAAUAUAGUAUAUAUGAUGGAAAUUUGGAUCUUAAGAAUUAUUUUUGAAAUAUUUACUGACGUGAAAAAAAAAAAUCUAAAAUAGAAAUGCUAUGUGUUGUAGAGAAAAACGAAACAAUUGAGAUGAUAAAUUUGAGAAGUAGAAGUACUCAGCGUAUUUGUCGGUUAGUCGCAGUGCAAUUAGUGACAUUCCGUUCAUCAUUAAAAUGAUGCGUUAAAUCAAUGAUUAAUUCGUAAGUGAAGGAUUGAAUGAUAGCGUGACAUUUUUCAUGGAGCAAUGAGCGUAAGAUUUCGUGUGAAAUGUACACGAGAGUGAAGGUGACAAAUAUUAUCAUAAGCCGAGGCAUAUUUUUGUACACUGUGUAUAAAGUAUGUUGACUGAAGUCUCAUAAACCCCAUCCGAGAAAUUCUU